AUGGAAGGACGAAGGCCCAGCGUAGCAAGUACAGCCAGCUCGUCCGAACUAUACGAGUCGUCCGGCGCGACACCUUCUCCCAAGUCACCGACCGAGACACCUCAGACAAGCGUUGUUGGAAAGCGCAAGCGCGAAGCCUUGAGCGAUGGCACAGAAAAACGACCCCGGAUGACUCCACUGUCCGAAGCUCUCACCGCGGGGAAUGCCUCGACCUGCGCAAGAGUACCGCCUGAGAUCUGGCAAUAUGUGUUCCAUUACCUCCAUCCGAGCGAUCUCAUUAGCCUUACAUCUGUAAACCGCGCGUUCCGGGGGUAUCUUACCGACGGCAAUCUUUGUCGCGCUGGGCGAAGUGUCCCAGGUCGACUGGCCCCCGUAAACCCCGAAGCUAUAUGGGCUACUGCAAGGCACCUACACUGCGCUCCUCGCCCAAAACCACUAGUCGGGCUUACCGAAAUGCAGAUGUGGCAGCUUACCAGCGGUGCCAAGUGUCAAUCAUGUGGGAAAGCCGCACCUGCGGUACCCUUCACAGGUAACGUGUGGGAAGGUGGACCUGGUCCUGACGGAGUGCGAGCAAUCUGGCCGUUUGGAGUUCGCUUAUGCGGAAGCUGCCUUGAAGCUAGGUCAAAGAAGGAUACUGAGUUGCUCUUCUCCCUACCUUCAGGUCUCCUCCAGGCUCUCCCGUACGCUUUUGUCACGUCUACCAGACACGUCGUCCCUUCCACGGUUCUGAAAAGCUCGACGAUAGUACCGCCCACGCUCUCGAUCUCCAAGCGAUAUUUCGAUGAACACAUAGCCGACAUUCAGCGGGAACUUGAGGAGGCGCGUUCACUCGGACCCGCUGCUGCGGAAGGAUGGUCUAGAGGCCUUGAGGAGAUGGGAAACAAUCGUCGUAGUGCUGCCGAGCGAUGGGAGCUGUGGGAGGCCAAGCAAGCUGCGGAUCGUCCGUCCACCAAGUCUGCGCCGACCCCGGUCAUAACAACUCCUCGGGUUGUCACGCCUCCAGUUACGAGUGCGUACACGCCAUACACCGCAUCGACAGCAGCAGCCGGCAUUCCAACAGCGGGUCCCCACUUUCUGCCUCCCCGCCCACCUACAUCUCUGGCUCACGUCAACCACCAACCACAGCAGCUGCAUGGGUUACCUCAGCAACAUCGUCCGGAACGUAAUUUGCGCGACGCGAACGAAGCCAAAGCUGCCCGAAAGGCCGAUAUAGAGGAUCGCUGUCAACAACUGAAUCCACCGAUUUCGGCCAAUGUGCUGCGACACAUGGAGUCUUUUCAAAACGCUAUGCAGAUUGGUGUCCCAAUGACGGACAGUGCCUGGGAAGUACUCAAGCCACGACUCCUGGCUCAGCGCGAGGUAGCCGAGCGCAUGGAGGCCGAGCAUGCAGCGCACAUGGCUGCGUUGCAAGCAAAGCUGGAGGCGGGCCGCCCUCAAGAACCAAGCUCUAAAGAACUCAAGGAAGCGCAAGACCGGGAAUGGGAUGAUGCCCAGAAACCCCUCCGAAGAAGACUGGGUAUGUAUGCGGACGAGCUGAUUCGAGGUGCUUGGUCAAAUGGCAGAUCCAUCAGCAAGGACAACAGCUCGAAGUUUGCGGCCGAUGUCCUUUUGCACGUUCGUAAGCGGUUUUACGAUGACCUUGCCGAGGAAGACGAGGCCAGGACCGCCACCGGCCAGGAACUCAGGCAGGAUCCAUUUAACGGCCCACCAGCCCGGAGAUUACUUUUGGAGAGCAUGAAAUGGGUCUACGAUAACAAGAUCAAAUCAUUGGCCGAACCACACCGUAGGGAGUUAUUCCUGUGCAAGGAGUGCGUUGCUGAGGGGAAUCCCAAGUUCUACGGCUUUGAAGGUGUUCUGCAGCACUACGGCGCCAAACACACUAACGAUUUUAGCGUCGGGAACGUUGUUGUAAGCUGGAAAGAGGCCGAGUGGCCAGAAGAACCCCCUUUCCAUCCAGAUCCAGGUACUGCUCAGGCUGCUCUGUACGCUGUAUCUGUUAGCGGUUCUGGUUCGGCCGUUCCUGGCCAACCAGCGUAUGCUCCCUUCCAAUAUGGUGGGUAUUCCCGUGGAGCGUCGUCGACGCCCCAGAUGGCAACCCUAGGUCUACACCAGUUCUCGCAGAUGAGUCCCAGUCCUUAUGGCAACCCUUUGUACGCGCAAUACAGUCAUGGUCCAUUUCAGCCACCUCCGCUACCGGCCAAUGGCUUCCAAGGUCCAAGUUUCCAGCAGAAUUAUGCUCAGGUCCCGGGCGGCCUGCCAUUCAACAGUCCCCAACAGGCUUUCAUGGCUGGCCAAGGGCCAAUGUACAACAGCUACGCUAAUUACGCUGGCCAGCCGAAUACAAUGUUCAGCCCUGCCCUGGCCCCGUCGAUGAUUGCGGAUGUGAUACCGGCAGGUGGACCACAAGCUGCUCCCGAUACUAACGCGACCAAUGCCCCGUCGCUCCAGCUACCAGCUACCGCACCAGAUGCAGCCGAUUCUGGCUCAGGCGAUAGCCCUAAUGACUCAACCACCAGUGGUUCUCAUGAGGACCACCUCAGUGAAAUUGCGCAAACGGCGAAAAACGUGUGGACAAACACGUCAGGCAUCAAAGAUUUCCCUCAGAGUGUAAGAGUAUUCGUCGUGAUUCAUCACGUUAUUUCCAAGUUCAACGCUCGGUUUGGUUAUGAACCGAGUCUGGAUCUCUUCUCUGAUGCUCUUGCAACACAUCAAUUGAUGAAACCCAUCAAGAAUGCUCGUGGCCUGUUAUGCAAAACUUGCAUACGUCACAACCAGCGCCCUUCCAAAGGCCGUCAGUCUCAGUCGUCUCAUUUAGCGGAUAAGGCCUACGACUUCUUGUCCCUCAUCUCUCAUUUCAAGUUUGCUCAUCUUGAGAAAGUAAGGCCACCGCGCCGUGGUCGCAGUGCUGUUUCUCACCUGAAAUGGGCGGAGGACAUGAUCGAGAUUCCUGAUGAAGCAUACAUCAGAGAUACCCUCUCUGUACCGGGCAUAGGUGACGACAAGAUUCGAGCUGUUGUCGAAGUUUUUCCUCAUCUUUUUGCUUCAUCUCCAGAACCUCCAGCGGCGCGCAACACCAGUGGUAGAGAUAUGGCGCGCCAUGAUCCUUACUCGGAUCGAGGGUUCGCUCAGGACUUGCCACAGGAAGCCGUACAUGGAUCUGAGACAAGGGUAGCACGCCCGAGGGUGUCGCCGCCGCGGAGACGUAGAGACGGAAGCAUACCGUCUCAUGAAUCCCCACAGUCUUUGCCAGCGGUAGGUGAGGAUGAGUAUGAUCCGCGUCAUCCUGCAAUCGACAUGCCGCCCAGGCGGACUACAGUACAGCAACGCAGCCGCUUGAUACAGUCAAGGGAUGUGCCAGAGGACGAUCACAGACGUCGUUACUACUACGCCGAGCCAGUGGAAUACGUGGGUGACUCAUUUCAUCGUGAGCGAAGUCAUCGGGCAGCUAAUAUCGAAACCCAGGUUCCACGAGAUCCGCAUGAUGAUGGCUAUGGCGCUGCACCUCGUGGCUAUUACCGAGCUCCUAGUCCUGCAGAUCGUCGCCGAGAGUACGAGAGUGACGUUGCAUACGUCGAAUACGUAGAGGUCCCCCGAACUAGCCGCGGUCAUCUGCGUCGUACAAGUUCCAUCGUUCCUGCCAGGGAGGCCCUUGUGGAGCGACCACGAACGGAAGCGACUCGUCCCCUCAUCCGAUAUGUAGAUGAUCCAGAUGAAUAUGUCGAGCCUUCUGUAGACUAUGGCCCAGAGAGCGUUCCCGAGACGCGACCGCGCCCAUCAGUUCCGAAGAUGCCCGAGAGCGAUGUUGAUCGGUUCCUCGACCAAUUAGACACUGAGCGAGGAGGCCAUGCCGGCUAUGCGACCGAACACGACCACGAGAUGGGGGAUCCAGGACUUGGCCAUGUAAUUCCUGAGCAUGUUCCGCAAGAGAUGCCGCAGCACUCUUCUCGGAUGCCAGUCGACACUCUGCCUGUCGCUGCGCCAAGCGGUGAGGCUGGGACAGGUUACAGCAGUAUCGCGGUAACGCCAGGGCCGCCGCCACCUUCAGGCUCCACCGGACCGGUUGCAGAGCCUCGCCAGCCAGCCAGCCACUCAGAACGCAGACCUAAUGCCAUAGGUAGCGAGCAAUAUGUCAGCCGAGGCGGUCGCUUUGAAGAACGACACGUCGGACAGGUUCGUCCACGUUACGCACGUUACAUGCGCGUAUACCGCGAAACAGCCCAAGCCCCGAUCCCGCGCGUAGCGCGGCCUCACAGCAGGUUCGAGAGAUACGAGGUCCAACGGCGACGGCUGGACCGCGAACGGUCUCGUUCCCCUUCCCGCCUCGCCGAGCCAGAGCUAGAAGCCCAUCAAUACCGUGAUCGGAGCGUUGCGCAUCCGGAGCAUGACGAAGCCGCCCAAGCUGCGCGUCAAUCCUCACACCCGCCACCGCGUGAGUAUAUACCGAUGGAAGAGCCUGCACGCUACUCACCCGCCGAGCCUCCAGUGCGCUACCGAUACGCAGAACCGCAACCGCUUUACGUAGACGAGUAUGGCCGCCCCAUCGAAGUCGUCCGCGUCCACGAACAUCACCCUCCAGCACGGUACAUCUCGGAACAGGACCGGAUACCGAUAAGAUACGUCUCAGAACAUCACGGUCCUUCGGAGCAAGCAUACGAAUAUGUCCCUUACGAGACGUCACCGGUACGCGACGACCGCCGAUACGUCUAUUACGCUAAUCAACCGCCAUAUGAGGAGCACCAACGGAGGGUGUACGAGCCGGUUCCUGAGCCGUCCAUGGCCAGUGAGAGGCUGUCUGAGCGGCCGACUGGGCCACCGGGACAGGAGGUCAGAUAUGUGGAGCAGCAGCGGUGA